UUUUUUGAGAGAAAGAGACACAGCAUGAGCAGGAGAGGGGCAGAAAGAGAGGGAGACGCAGCAUCAGAAGCAGAGCCCGAUCAAGAAACUUGAUGCAGAAUGGUUUAGCGGCAGAGCUAGGAUCAGCUUGACAGAGCCUGGCCCCGAGGUCCAUGUUUUAAAUCACUAUGCUUAGUCUCCAAGAACCUACAAAAAGUGCGAGCCUUAACCCAAAACCUUGGCAUUCCCCACCUACAUUCCCUAGUGGCCCCAGCUUCAAGGGCAUUCUACCCAUUCCUUUAACAGUUCGCACUCCCCUGCUCUGCCCCAACACCCUCCUAUAUCCCCGUUUUGCAUUCGGCCUUGUGAUCUCAGCUUCAACAUUAUUGCCUAAAUUACAAACUCGAAUGGCAUGCCGUAUUUCUCAGCACUCAACACAAAACCGUAAUUGUGUAUUUCACGGGGAAUUAUUUGCUUCCUGUCUUUUCCGACGAGGUGGUGCUGCCAUCAGACGCCACGUCAGUCCUAUUCAUCAUGUGUUCCCAAUAACUGAAUACCCACCAACCAUUCAAAAAAGAAGGCUUUGGCACAACGGAUACGCUCAAUAAUUUCUGUGGAACGAAUGAAUAAAUACACUCGAGCCUCGUGCUUCCAGGUGUUUAAUACAUGUCUCUGCUCACGAUACUGCCCUCACUACACCCUCAAGUAUCUAGACCCCUGUGGCAUAAUUGCUCCGGCCUGGGAGGAGAAGGAGGUGGAGGAAGAGGAGGAGGAGGAAGAGGAGGAGCCGCCGCGGCCGCCGCCGCCGCUGUCGCCGCCUCCGCCGCCGCCUCGGCUGGAAGCGACGAACCUCCGCCAGGCCGUCCCCCGCGUCAGCCAGGGCGAUGUUCCGGCCCGGGAGGGGGAGGAGGAGGAGCCUCCGCUGCCGCCGCCGUCGCCGCCGCCGCCGCCUACGCUGUCUCCGCCGGCAAGCGAUGUAUCUGCGCCAGGCAGUCCCCCGACCUCCCCGGCCCGAGCCCCGCGGGCCGCCGCGGCCGCCGCCAUGAAGAAACACUUCAAACGCGGCCCCCCGGCUGGUGGCGCCGCUGGAAGUGACCCGGCGGAGAGGGAUGGGCUCCGGCCCCGGAGCAGCCGCCAUCGCCUCCACUGCUGCCGGCGGCCGGGAAGCAAUGUAGUCCCGCCAGGCCGUCCCCCGAGCUGCACAGUCCGAGACCCGCGGGCCGCAGCUGGCGCGGCCGCCGUGAAGAGGCAGUUAAACCGCAGGAAACAGACCGUGGGCAGCCCCUGCAGCAGCCGCAGUAACGGCCGCCGCCGCCUCAACCCGGAAGCGUUGUAGCCGCUCCAGGCCCGAGCCCCGCGGCCGCCGCUGCCGCUGCCCUUGAACCGCAAGAAGCAGCUCGCCAAGCAGACCGUGGGCAGGUGUCCAGGCAAAGGUCACUGCCUCUAAUAGACCUUCUCUGAUGCUCCAACGUGGAUGGGGAGUCCCUCUCCUGGCCACUUACAUACGUCCACAUAGCGCCUGCUUUUCUAUAAUGCAACGCCUGUUUACUUCAACUGCCAGAGGUGAUGUUAUGGAUUCCUGAUUUAAUGAUGAGGAAGCGAGGACUCCAAGAGGUCAUCGGGCUAGUUAACGAGAGCGCUGCCGUUCAUCAGAAACCAGGGUUCUGCCUCCAAAGCAGGGAGAAGUCCUCACUUCACCCAGGCAACUCUUUCUUUAAGAAACCCCGUGUUAGAAUUCUGUGUGACGACGCUUCCACAGAAUCCUGGAAGCUGAGAGUUGGAUGUUGCUCUAGUCCAGGGGCUCCUGCCAGGGAUGGCCCCCUGGGGGACAUUUGGCAAUGGCCGGAGACGUUUUUGUUUUUGUCGUGACUUGGCUCGGGCGUGGGGUGCUCCUGGCAUCUGGCGACACAGGCCGGGGAUGCUGCUGACCAGCCUACACCGCCCAGGACAGCCUCGCCGCACAGAAUCAUCUGGUCCCAAAUGUCAAGAGUGGUGAGGUUGGGAAAGCCUGGUCGAGUCCUUUGAGAUGCUGGAUAUGUGAAUCGUGAAAACCCAAGAUGGGUGAUGUUUGCCUGCAGAGUGAAGAUGUGUUCUGUUUGGUCUGUUUCUUACGUGUGGAAGUCUUGAUGACAAUCAUUGGGCCAUACUGAACACUUGGGAGUUCUCACGUGGAAACCUGGACUUCCAGCUUCUUCUCAAAUCAUGCAAGACCUAGCGAAGCCUGGCAUCGCGCCCUCGCGACGCGAGUACACGUGGUCGUAGCUGCAGCUGCGUAGGUGCUGUCUCGUCUGGGUGGGGCAUCGACCGUCCAGUGUGCCCGGGUCCCUACCUGGCUUGUCCUGCUGUGGUACGUUCCUUGCGGACCCACCCCGCUCACAGGUCUCUAUCGACCUUCUCCAGGAGCAGCAGAGUCUCUACCUCGCGAGGUAGCCCGUUCCGUUAGGGGCAACCUGAGUCCGAGGCAUCUCUGCCCGUGAGUCCCAGGGGAGUCCUCUGCUGCCACGACGCAUCUGUCUCCCUUCCGCGAGACGGCCCUUUCUGUGUUCGGCCUCGCAAACCGUGUCCUCGCUCUAUCAGCGGGGAGGUGGCUGUGCUUGGUUCGCUUCAGUCUGAGUGGAUCCCGUCCAGCCUCUGCAUAGAGCAGAGGAGGAAAGGAAAGUGUUCUCCCCACGACUUCUGAAUCCGAGCUUCCGUGGCCUGGUCAUCCACUGUAUUUACCUACUGUGAAAUCAAACAGGGUUGUUUAUAGCUCGGCCCCGUGCGGCCCCCGGCGGGCGGCGCCGCUGGAAGUGACACGGCGAGGGAUGGGCUCCGGCCCGGGAGCAGCAGCCCCCGACGUCGCCACAGACGCCGCUCAGCCGCCCUAGCAGCCACAGCCGCCGCGGCCGCUCAGCCGCGGCAGCAGCCGCAGUAGUAGCCGCACCCGGCGCAGCUGCCGCCGCCACAGACGCCACUCAGCCGCCGUAGCAGCCGCAACCGCCGCCGCCGUUGAGCCGCCGCAGCCGCCGCAGUAGUAGCCGCAGUCACCGCCACCGCCGAGGCUGCCGCUCAGCCGCCGCAGUAGCAGCCGCAGGAGGCGCAGCCGCUGCUGCCGUAGCAGCAGCAGCCACAGCAGCAGGCGCAGCCGGCGCCGACGCAGCAGCCGCAGUAGCAGCCGCAGCCG